UAGGGAGCCCUGGCUCAGCCCGCCUAGUUGCCACCUCCUCCUGGAAAGGCUAUUUAGCUCUGCAGGUGCCGAGGCUCCGUCCCAUGCACGGCGGACAGACACAGGUGCCAGCCUGCCUGCCCCCACGUGGAGGGGUCCCCACGGAAGGGUGGCUCCCGGCCAGCCCCCACCCCAACUCUGCACCCUCCGGCUUGCUGGCCUCCAGCCCCGCGGCCAUGGCCCAGCUCCUGCUGGUUACCCUCGGUUGCAUCAGCCUGCUCUACCUGCAGCUCCCCGAUGCGCUGUCUGGCUGCCAGGGCAGGAGCCCGCGGCCCGCCCAGCCCAGGGAGCCUCCCGCCCAGACGCCCUCCAGCAGGCUGCAGCCCCAGCACCCCGCACCGUGGCCUGAGACCUGGAAGCCACGCCAGGCCCCGCGCCUGCAGCCACAGAGGAGUGCCAGCCUGUCCCCUGCUGCGGGCCAGCCUCUCCGGAAGGGUCCCCGCCGACUCUCGGGCCCCCCGAGGCGCAGAGCCCCACUCCUGCGGGUGGGCUGUGUGCUGGUCACCUGCCAAGUGCAGAACCUCAGCCACCGCCUGUGGCAGCUGGUCGCCUCGGCCGGCCCCCGGGACUCGGCUCCCGUUGACCCCCGCAGCCCCCGAAGCUAUGGCUGAGGCGGUGCAGGCCAGCCCCCACCCGUCCCAGCCA